AGAAUGCCUCGCUCACGGAGGAAGAUACACUGGUCUCGUUGGCACGCACUCUUCGUCUGAUCAUCCUCAUUCAAGAUCUGGCCGCAAGUAAUAAGACUCUCCGCGCGAACUGGGAGGAAAGACACAUGCAGAUACUGGGCAUGGUGCGAAACCUGGCAGCUGGUCGAUUGGACGAUGCUGUGAUCUCUCAGCCUCGUUCAAUAUGCCGACAACUUGUGCUCUCCAUCGUACAGAAUCUCCCUCCUUCCCUUAUCAGCGAAGAAACCCUACCGAAAAUGUGUCACCUGCUCUCGGACCCUUCGGCCGAUGUCCAAAGAUGGCGUACCGCCUGUUGCAGAUCGCAGCCCAAAAGCACACCGAACACUUGGUCAUCGAAGCAGCAGUGGACGCUGAAUCUUCCUACAAUUGAGCUUCCUCUUGAGCUGUUGGAGAUCUUGCGAAUGACUACGGACAUCAACCAGCUGGAGUUGCUUGAUGCAGAUGAGUCGAUCGUGUUCGGAUAUCUCCUCGGCUGGAUGGUUGUAUUUGAUUUAUUCGCCAAUGCUUCCCUGAAGAUCCGAUUGGGCUACAUUGACCAUCUACGAGCACUACAACUCGUCGGCAACGAGUUCAUUCCCAACAUUCUCAAUCUGCUCGAGAUCGACCAGGGAAUACCCAGGGCUUUCAAGCUUGACGCAUGGGCAGUCGACGAGUAUUACGUGGAUUUCUAUGAACCGGGAGACAGUUUGUGGAGUCUUCAAGUCCUUGCAGCUCAUUUGUACUAUCGCGCCCUCCUGACCGUGCCUUCGUUGAUCUACAACUGGGUUCUGGACUGCAAGGACCGCCAAUUGUCGAACAGUAUCGCCACCUACACGUCCUUGCACUUCUCCCCAGUCAUCAUACGAGCGGAAUUGGCUCACGUCAAGAGUCCGGAAGCCACUGCCGAGUUGGCGGACGAGAACCUGACGGUUAAAGUUGCGUCGAAUGUUAAUGAGGUAUCGGCAGCAUAUCUGGUGGACGAACAUCAGUUGGAAAUCAAACUCAAGAUACCAUCCGAUUGGCCAUUGCACAAGAUUGAGGUGAAGGAUGUGCAGAGGGUGGGGGUGGAGGAAACAAGAUGGCGGGCGUGGAUCCUUGCUGUCCAGCAAAUUCUCUGGUCGCAGCUCUCGCAGAACGGUCGCAUAGCAGAUGGGAUCGGACUGUUCAAGAAGAACGUGACCGGUCAUUUUGAGGGCCAGGUUGAAUGCGCCAUCUGUUAUUCGAUCAUCAGCGUGAUGGACGGAACUCUUCCACGGAAGCCUUGCAAGACUUGCAAGAAUAGAUUUCACUCUGGAUGCUUGUACAAGCAUGUCGGCAUGCCUGGCCGACGCGCAUCCGAAAUCGGCGCAGGAGUCCGGUCCAUCAUGAACGGAACCACCAACCAUAACCAGGGCCCUUCCGCCGCGCGCCCAACCAAACCACUACCGAACGGGUCUACGCCAGCCCCCCCAGCCCCUGCUGCAGCUCCUCCUGCACCACCAUCGAAUCACGCGGCAGCACCCAACCCUGGACCGAAUCGACAACCACAUGCGCAUAACCACGCACACGGGCCCGCACCCGUGAACGGGCACGCUGGCAAGGGGAAGAAGAAGAAUGAUGCACCCGUCGACCCGGCCGCUAUGUACGAGAGUCUGAAGAACCGGAUCGCCGCGUUGGAAGAGGAAGAGGUGCUAGAGGAGGAGGAGGAACGGAGAUUCGCCGAGGAAGCGCAGAAAUCGGUGAGGGGCAUGUCGGAGACUGCGAUCCACGCGAAAUACAUCGAACUGUUUGCCGAAUUCAAACGUCUGGAACGGGACCACGCGAAAGAGAAGCAGAAACUAGUGAAAGACAAAGAUGCUGCCAAGGGCCAAUUGACUAAAGCAAACCAGUCGAAGAUUAAGGUGGAAAACCUUGCUCGCGAAUUGCAGAAGGACAACAAACGUCUGAGGGAAGACGGAAAGCGCCUGGCCCAAUCGGUGGAGGAUGCUCAGGACGAGCUGAUCCAAAUGCGAAAUGACAUCACCAAACGUGCCGAAAAAGCUAAAGCUCUCGAUGCCAAGUACCGUGAAACGCCGGACAUCGUAGUGAAAGUCGUGUGCCGAUAUCGGGCGGAGCUAUUCUUCAAGAUCUCGCGCAAAACGAAGCUGUCGCGGCUAUUCAACGCAUGGACAGAGAGGAUGGAAAAGUCUGGUGGGCAGAAAGGGACCUCGUCCAAGGGUGGCACGGCUGUGACCGCGGAGAACGGGAUGGUGCAAUCAGAUGCUGUGUCAUCUACGGGAUCGGGUGCUUCAAGUUCGUCGAUGCAAUUCGUCUUCACGCACAACGGGCGCACCAUCGAUGCCGACCAGACGCCGGAGGAAGCCGGAAUGGACGACAAUGAUGAGAUUCUCGCUGUCGAGUUGAUGGACUUGACGGAGGGACCGGGCUGGGAGGAGCAGGAAGAGCAGAUCGAGCCCCAGCGCCAGCAAUUGAGGAAGAACUGGACGGAGAACCCUCAAGAGGCCAAGCGCACCAUCACAGAGAUUUUCGAUGGUGUAGUUCGAGAACGACUGAAAGAAUUGCUCCAGCAGUACAAAUUGCGCGAACAGCACUUUGAAUGUGUCAUUCGUUCGAAAGAGCUCGAGGUGCUGUUAUCCCGAGCUCGUGCUGCUGAACAAAAGCAGCUUGCAGAAGGCGAGAAGUUACGAAACGAAAAACGUGCAGAAGAGGUUCAGCAACUUAGGAAAGAUCUUGAGGAGGCGCAGAAUGACCAAACAAUACUCAUCGACAAACUAAUACAGUGCUGCAAGGAGCCCAAUGCCGAGCGCACUCAACGUCUUUUCGCUUCACUUCGCGAGGAAUUGGAGAAGAAAGGGCCUCGGCUGAAUACGUUACCUGCAGAUGGGUAGCCCAGUACGUAGGAAACCGAUUUCCAAAUCAACAUCUUACACCACUGAGUACAUCGAGUCCGUGAUAUUCCAAGCCCAUUCAGACCAACGCAUCGAGCUCAACAAGCUCUCCAA